CUCCGAUCGUUCUCAUCGUCUGAAAGAUUCUACGGUUACCGGAAUUCAUCUCCGUCGGCGUUCGCGUCGUCGACUUCCAGUUUCUCCUCUGGAUCGGCAACUUCCUUCUUCUGCAGAUCGACUUCGCCGUCGCGUGUGAAGGUUCACGGUUCGUCUUCAGUUUCCGUGCCGUCGGUGCGGUUUUAUGUUGACCGUGCGAUAUCUCCGAACAGAUCUGUGUCUGUUUCUUCUCGUAGCGGUGGGAAGAAUCAAGUGGUGAAGAGGCAGAGCAGUUCGAAGAGGACGUGUAUGUGUUCUCCUACAACUCACCCUGGCUCGUUCCGGUGUAGCCUCCAUAAAGGUAUUAUUUCGCAACCGCACGCGCCGUACUCGCCGAGUAGGUUGAAUGCUCGUAGAUCGGCUAUGACAAAUUCUCUGGUUAGAAUCGGAGGUGUUGAAGGCGAUCUUGUGAAGCGAGCUUUAGCGGCU